UUGGCGGAAGUGACGCGGCGGCCGCCAUAGCAACGGCGGGAUGAACGCGCCUCCGGCCUUCGAGUCUUUCCUGCUCUUCGAGGGCGAGAAAAAGAUCACCAUCAACAAGGACACGAAGGUGCCCAACGCCUGCUUGUUCACCAUCAACAAGGAGGACCACACGCUGGGGAACAUCAUCAAGUCGCAGUUGCUCAAAGAUCCGCAGGUGUUGUUUGCAGGGUAUAAGGUCCCACACCCUCUGGAACAUAAAAUUAUCAUCCGUGUCCAAACCACCCCUGACUACAGCCCCCAGGAGGCUUUCACCAAUGCCAUCACGGACCUGAUCAGUGAACUCUCCCUCCUGGAAGAGAGGUUCAGGGUUGCUAUUAAGGACAAACAAGAAGGAAUUGAGUAAACCCCCCCCCUUUGGAGCAGACUGUUACUUCUGAGGCAGAAUGAUGUGUCUGGUAGUUGGAUGAAAUAUUUAAACCUCCCUUCAUGGCAAAUAUUUUCCCCCUUGUCCCACUUCUGUUUAAUUUCUGACAGCAGCAGCAAUAUUUUGCAUUUGUUUGUUUUUUUUAAUAGCAGACAGGCACUUUGCCAAGAGGAUAAAUGUCAUGUUGGAGUUGGUGGAUAAGUCAUUAAAGUGAUUAUUUGUUUUCUGA